UCAAGCACUUAUCUUUUCCCUCUGCUAUAUAUAUAGGUUCAUUCCUCCCUUCUUACAGGCCAACCUCGCAAAGUUGCUGCUCCUCGCCCUCCCGUGCGCAACAUGGUUUCUGCCGGCGUUCAUGGCGGCGACGACGGCGUGGUGGUGGAUUUCAGGGGAAACCCGGUGGACAAGGACCGGACCGGAGGAUGGCUCGGAGCCGGUCUCAUCCUAGGGACGGAAUUGGCGGAGCGCGUGUGCGUGGUGGGCAUCUCGAUGAACCUGGUGACGUACCUCGUCGGCGACCUGCACCUCUCCAACGCCAGGUCGGCCAACAUCGUCACCAACUUCCUGGGCACGCUCAACCUCCUCGCCCUCCUCGGCGGCUUCCUCGCCGACGCCGUGCUCGGCCGCUACCUCACCGUCGCCGUCUCCGCCACCAUCGCCGCCAUCGGUGUGAGCCUGCUGGCAGCGAGCACGGUAGUGCCGGGAAUGCGGCCGCCGCCGUGCGGCGACGCGGUGGCGGCGGCGGCGGCGGCGGAGAGUGGUGGGUGCGUGGCGGCGAGCGGCGGGCAGAUGGCGAUGCUGUACGCGGCGCUGUACACGGCGGCGGCGGGGGCGGGGGGGCUGAAGGCGAACGUGUCCGGGUUCGGGUCGGACCAGUUCGACGGGCGCGACCGCCGGGAGGGGAAGGCCAUGCUCUUCUUCUUCAACCGCUUCUACUUCUGCAUCAGCCUCGGCUCGGUGCUCGCGGUCACCGCGCUGGUGUACGUGCAGGAGGACGUCGGCCGCGGCUGGGGCUACGGCGCGUCGGCCGCCGCCAUGGUCGCCGCGGUGGCGGUGUUCGCCGCCGGCACGCCGAGGUACCGGUACCGGAGGCCCCAGGGGAGCCCCCUCACGGCGAUCGGCCGCGUGCUGUGGGCGGCGUGGCGCAAACGGAGGAUGCCGUUCCCGGCGGACGCCGGCGAGCUCCACGGCUUCCACAAGGCUAAGGUGCCACACACUAACAGGCUCAGGUGUCUGGACAAAGCCGCAAUCGUGGAGGCCGACCUGGCGGCGGCGACGCCACCGGAGCAGCCAGUGGCGGCGCUGACGGUGACGGAGGUGGAGGAGGCGAAGAUGGUGGUGAAGCUGCUCCCCAUCUGGUCCACGAGCAUCCUCUUCUGGACGGUCUACUCCCAGAUGACCACCUUCUCCGUCGAGCAGGCGUCGCACAUGGACCGCCGCGCCGGCGGCUUCGCCGUGCCGGCGGGCUCCUUCUCCGUCUUCCUCUUCCUGUCCAUCCUCCUCUUCACCUCCGCCAGCGAGCGGCUCCUCGUCCCGCUCGCGCGCCGCCUGAUGAUCACACGCCGCCCGCAGGGGCUGACCUCCCUGCAGCGCGUCGGCGCGGGGCUCGUCCUCGCCACGCUCGCCAUGGCCGUCUCGGCGCUCGUCGAGAAGAAGCGCCGCGACGCGUCCGGCGGAGCCGGCGGAGGAGGCGUCGCGAUGAUCAGCGCGUUCUGGCUGGUGCCGCAGUUCUUCCUGGUGGGCGCCGGCGAGGCGUUCGCGUACGUGGGGCAGCUGGAGUUCUUCAUCAGGGAGGCCCCCGAGCGGAUGAAGUCCAUGAGCACGGGCCUGUUCCUCGCCACGCUCGCCAUGGGGUUCUUCCUGAGCAGCCUCCUCGUGUCCGCCGUCGACGCCGCCACGCGGGGCGCGUGGAUCCGGGACGGCCUGGACGACGGGAGGCUGGACCUGUUCUACUGGAUGCUCGCCGCGCUCGGGGUGGCCAACUUCGCGGCGUUCCUGGUGUUCGCGAGCCGGCACCAGUACAGGCCGGCGAUACUGCCCGCGGCGGACUCGCCGCCGGACGACGAGGGCGCGGUCAGGGAGGCCGCGACGACAGUGAAAGGGAUGGACUUCUAGCUCGAACUCGAAGUAUGCUACUGCUGUGUACCUGGAUGGCUGGAGAGCUUAUGCCGGGUUAAUUUGUGUUUUGACUCUCUAAUGUUUUCUUUUCUUUCUCCUUGGAGCAUCCUCAAAAUUAUUCAGCAACGUGUAAUGCUGAAAUUACCGAAGUCUUGCAAUUAUAGACUCUGAAUUGUACUCGCUCUGCCCUCUGGCGCAUAAUGUAGGUCAAUGUUACCUCUCUUCUACAAAGACUACAGCGACUUACAAGUUACAA